CCGAAUGGCAACUUUCGACACUUCACCUUCGCAGCAACAACGACAACUGCGCUACGUGGACAUUCUGGUUCAAGUGUCAAUUGGGUCACUUCUUCUCAAAAGGCAAUGUUCCGCUCUUUGUUUUCAGCUUCAGGUGAACAUGGCGCUUCAGAGCCCCCCUGUUCGAGCAGCGCUCCACCGGUGAAACUGCUGGUGAUUCAAGCAGACGACUAUGAUUGGCCUGCCAUGUUGAAGGGCGCCACAUUGCAGGACGGUCGACCCAUCCUUGUCUUCCAGACCGGGUGGCCCGACAUCCACGUGCACUGCUCGACCUACUCGUCAGCAAGGAUUUGUGUUGAGAUGAUGAGCUGGGCCAAGACAGCCACGCUCCCGGAUGGCUAUGUGUCGAACCGACGGAUCACCAUUCAGCCAGAUUUCGUGCUCGUGAGGAACGAAGUGAAGACCCCAUCCUUCGAUGGCAGGAGCAAGUUGAAUGGCCUUCUGUUUGCCGGUGUUCCUUGCAUGAACUCGCUGGAGUCGAUCCUUCUCUUCUGUGAGCGCCCGGCGGUGCAGGGCGCCCUCCACCGCUUGCAGCGCGCCGGCGCAGACUUCCCAGUGGUACCGCAGCACUUCUGUUCUUCUUCGAAAAGCUUGAUGUACGGCUACACGUUCCCUGCUGUGGUGAAGGUGGGCUCUGCACACGCUGGCUGUGGAAAGAUGAAGAUUCACGAUCACAAACAAAUGUCAGACUUCCGCUCGAUCUUGGAGAUGAUGCCAGAUGAGCACUGCAUGGUGGAGCCCUUCAUUGAGAGCCAAGGGGAUUUGAGGAUCCAAAAGAUCGGCUCCAACUAUCGUGCCUUCAAGCGCAUAGGUAUCUCGGGCGACUGGAAGACCAACACUUGCACCUCCAUCAUGGACGAGAUUGAGUGCACCGAACGGUAUCGCCGCUGGGCCGACGCUGCAGCCACCUUUUUUGGUGGCCUGGAUAUCUUGACGGUGGACGCGAUCAUUGAGGCAGAGACCGGCAAGGAGUUUAUUUUGGAGGUGAACGGGACCUCCUCUGGGUUGCAUCCAGACAAAGCUGAGGAGGACAACGGUUUCAUCAAGCAGUUGCUUUUGGAGAAGAUGAACUUGACCUUGUGCUGAGUCAUCCUUUUCUGUUCCCCACAUUUGCCGUGUGCAGACCUUGGAUACCAUGACCCAGGGUGGUAGUGUGGGGCCAGAAGAAACGAUCAAGACAGACACCUGAUUCUGGCGUGUGAACGUGAGGAUGUCGUACCCAGCUACCAACUGACAGUGACCCUCUUUGAGAUGUUGAGAAGCAACGCUCCUAAAUCCUGUGUUUAGGCUGGAGUGCUACACAUUCCGGUUUUGACACGCAUCUUUGCCCAGCAUCUGUACAGAAAGAGGCGUGGGUGAAAAUGGAUGAAAA